GCGGCCGGCGUUUUGGAGCCAGAGUGGCCCUGUGGGCGGAGCAGACCCGGAGAAGGGAGGUGUUUGUGCUCUGCUCUGCCCCUGGCCUCCCCCUCUGCUCCCCCCACUCCCUGGCCCCUUCCUCUGUCUAAGCAACCCCUUACUUUCUGCCUUGCUCUGUAAAACACCCAGGCUGGCUCUGCCCUGUGGGCCCCCAGGCCCCGUCUGCACCUCACCCCUCCUGGAUGUUGAUACCAGGGGACUUUCUCAUCCUCACUCAAGGCCCAGAGAGGGGCAGGCAUUCCUCGGAGUCCCAGGCGACUGAACCGCAGAUGUCCCCCAUCACCCAUCACCCCGCACCGGCUGGGGGCUCUCAGCGGCAGUCUGGGCACCUGCUGAACCACAGUGGUUUAUGGAAGGAGCCCCGGGGGGAGCUGUCUAAUUCCAGGAAGGAGUGCCCAGAGCCACCCAGCGCUGCCCAGAGCUCUCCAUGGCCUGCCUGAGCCCCUCACAGCUCCAGAAGUUCCGGGAGGAUGGGUUCCUGGUGCUCGAAGGGUUCUUGUCUGUGGACGAGUGUGUGGCCCUGCAACAGAGGAUUGGCCAGAUAGUGGCCCAGAUGGACGUCCCGCCCCACUGCCGCACCGAGUUCUCCACCCAGGAGGAGGAGCAGCUCCGAGCCCAGGGCAACUCUGACUACUUCCUGAGCAGUGGCGACAAGAUUCGAUUCUUCUUUGAGAAAUGCGUUUUUGACGAGAAAGGGAAGUUCCUGGUCCCUCCGGAGAAAUCGGUCAACAAAAUCGGCCAUGCCCUGCAUGCCCGUGACCCUGUCUUCAAGAGUGUCACACACUCCCCCAAGGUGCAGGCCUUGGCCAGAAGCCUGGGCCUGCAGAUGCCCGUGGUGGUGCAGAGCAUGUACAUCUUUAAGCAACCGCACUGUGGCGGUGAAGUCACCCCCCACCAGGACGCCUCCUUCCUGUACACGGAGCCCCUGGGCCGGGUGCUGGGCAUGUGGAUUGCGCUGGAGGACGCCACGCUGGAGAACGGCUGCCUCUGGUUCAUCCCUGGCUCCCACACCAGCGGAGUGUCAAGGAGGAUGGUGCGGGCGCCUGCAGGCACCAGGUUCCUCGGAGCUGAGCCGGAGCGGGACCACAGCCUCUUUGUGCCCACACCAGUGCGCACAGGGGCCCUAGUCCUGAUCCACGGAGAAGUGGUGCACAAGAGCGAGCAGAACCUGUCCGAGCGCUCGCGCCACGCCUACACGUUCCACCUCAUGGAGGCCGCCGGCACCACCUGGAGCCACGAGAACUGGCUCCAGCCAACAGCUGAGCUGCCUUUCCCCCCACUGUACACCUGACGGCCCUCGGGGCUGGGGCCUGCCCGUCCCGGCCGAAGCUGUGGGCUACAACGCCGACGCCGGGGAGUCCCAUCUUCCGUCCUGGACUUCCUUCUGCUGAUGUCUUUGCCCCUGAGCCCUGUGGAGAGGCAGGAGCUGGUGGUGGUGGGGGGGGAGGGUAGUGACAGGGCAAGGCCAGGUCCAGCUUAGCCGGAGGCUUCCCCAAGAUCUUCGUUCCUCUGCCUCCCUGCCGGGACAUGGCCCCUCCCCGCUCUCCUCUCCUGUGGGCUGGAGCCCAACCUGGACACACAAUAAAAAUGGCUGAAGGCAGCGCCUCUGAGCCCUGUCCCAGCACCACAGCUCCGCUGCCACCACCGUUGGCACUCCGGCCGGCCGGCGUGGACCACGUGGCUUUGGUAACAAGGUCACUUUCCCUGGGCUGUGCUGGGUCCUCGUGCAGGUGAGGGGGCCGAGCAAGACAAAGGGAAGUGACUGUCGGGUUGCUCAACCCCAUCUGGGCCUGGGCUCCUCCCCCUUCCACUGUCCUGUCCUCUGCUGGGGGAAGGGUGAGAGGCCCAGGCCAGGAGUCAAGGUUCCUGCAGGCUCUGGUCCCAGCCCUGUGACCAACGUGCUCUCAGGCCAACCCCCUCCUCUCUCAGGGCCCCGUCUCCCCCCGCCUGUCCCACAAAGGGGCCAGUCUAGGGAGACUUGGGGCCCGUCCUGUUUGGGCAUGCUUGGCAGGCACCCAGGCCUUCUGAACAAUUACCAGAUCCAAAGCCUGCUUGGCUGCCAUCUGGCCCAGAGGUCGCAAACACUGAGGUUCCAAAGCAUGGAUGUGUUUUGUUUAGGCCUCCCCCCCCCCUUUUUUUUUUUUAGUAACUUUUUAAAACUGGGAGAUUUGACAUAAUCCAGGUUUCUGGGCUUCCUUGAAAGUCGCCAAUCACCAACGCUGGACCUAAGGCUGGUGCUGUGGCGCGGGGGAUGGGCCACACCCGUGACGCCAGCACCCCACACAAGCACCAGUUUGAGUCCUGGGUCUUCCACCUCCCAUCCAGCUCCCUGCUAGUGCACUUGGGAAGCCAGCGGAAAAUGGCCCGAGUGCCCGGGUUCCCGCCACCCACGUGGGAGACCCGAAGAAGCUCCUGGCUUCAGCUUGUCCCGGCCCUGGCCAUUGCAGCCAUUUGGGGAAUGAAUCUGCCAAUGGAAGACCUCGCUCUUUGUCUUCCCUCUCUCUGAAAUCCUUUCAAUUAAAUCAAUCAAUCUUUACAAGACAAUGCUGGUCCCAUAAGGGUGCCAGUUUGAGUCCCACCUGCUCCACUUCCGAUCCAGCUCUCUGCUGUGGCCUGGGAAAGCAGUAGAAGAUGGCCCAAGUGCUUGGACCCCUGCACCCACAUGGGAGACCCAGAAGAAGCUCCUGGCUCCUGAUUGGCCCAGCUCCAGCCAUUGCAGUCAUCUGGGGAGUGAACCAUCGGAUGGAAGACCUCUCUCUGCCUCUCUGUAACUCUGCCUUUCAAAUAAAUA